AUGCAACUCCCCACCACCCUCACGGUCCUCCUUGCGGCCAUCGCGCCCAUGGUGAGCGCGUACCCGACCAAGGCCGCGCUCAACUGCCGCAAGGGCCCCGGUACCAGCUACGCCCUGGUCAAGACCUACGCGGCGGGCGUCGACAUCAAGCUCAGCUGCCAGACCACUGGCCCCAGCGUCAACGGCGACACCCUCUGGGACAAGACCACGGACGGCUGCUACGUCGCUGACUACUACGUCAAGACCGGCACCUCCGGCUACGUGGUCGGCAAGUGCAGCACCGGCGGCAACCUGCCCGGCCUUAACAGCGUGCAGAGCGCCCAUGCCAAGGCCAUCAUUGCCCAGGCCAAGAAGGAUGCUGUUGGCCAUCACGGCUGCUCGGCUGCCAUCGCCACUGCUCUCGUCGAGUCCAACAUCCUUGUCUACGCCAACCGCGCCGUCCCCUCGUCCCUCAACUACGCGCACGAUGCCAUCGGCUCCGACCACGACAGCGUCGGCAUCUUCCAGCAGCGCGCCAUGUACUACCCCAACAUUGCCGCCGACAUGGACCCCGCCCGCUCGGCGCACCAGUUCCUCGUCAAGAUGGUCGGUAUCUCGGGCUGGAAGACUAUGGCCGUCGGCACCCUGUGCCAGAAGGUCCAGGUCUCGGCCUACCCUGAUCGCUAUGCUGCGCAGGCCAGCAAGGCCUCUUCCAUCUGCUCGGCUGGCGGGUACUAA